AUGAACGUGUCCAGAGUCAACACAGUGACUGAAUUCAUACUCCUGAGCUUCCCCUGUUUCCGUGAGGUUCAGGUUCUCCUCUUCAUGCUGUUCUCUGUGAUGUACAUCCUGACACUGAUGGGGAAUGGAGCCAUCACCUGUGCAGUGACGCUGGAUCACAGGCUCCACACCCCCAUGUACAUUCUGCUGGCCAACUUCUCAUUCCUGGAGAUUUGUUACAUCAACACCACUGUACCCAUCAUGUUACAGAACUUCCUGUCUGAGACAAAAACCAUCUCUUUCACUGCCUGCUUCCUCCAGUUCUACUUCUUCUUCUCCAUGGGCACCGCUGAGACCUUCUUACUGCCACUCAUGGCAUUUGAUCGAUACCUGGCCAUCUGCCAGCCUCUCCACUAUCCUGCCAUCAUGACCAAUCAUCUUUGCAUGAACUUGGUGGCCCUCUGCUGGGUAAUAGCCUUCCUCUGCUAUCCACUUCCUAUCUAUUUUAUAACACAACUCCCCUUUUGUGGCCCCAAUAUCAUUGACCAUUUUGUCUGUGACCCAGGUCCCCUUCUAGCCCUGUCUUGCAUUCCUGCCCCUGGAAUUGAGCUUUCCUGCUCUAUAUUGAGCUCCCUUAUUCUCUUCAUCACCUUCUUCUUAAUCCUUGGAUCCUACACACUAGUCCUCAGAGCAGUGUUACGGGUUCCCUCAGCAGCUGGCAGACAUAAGGCCUUCUCCACCUGUGGGUCCCACCUGGGUGUAGUGUCUUUGUUUUAUGGAACAAUCAUGGUGAUGUACGUCAGUCCAAGCUCUGGAAACCCAGCUGGGAUACAGAAGAUUGUAACCCUGUUCUACUCAUCAGUGACUCCACUUGUAAAUCCUCUGAUCUACAGUCUCCGGAACAAGGACAUGAAGGCUGCCCUAAGAAAAAUUCAGAUGUGCACAAAAAGUAGUCAAAGCAGAUGA